AAUACUACCAUCUGAUAUUCCUUAUUUACCUCUAAAUGCAAUUCAACAAUUUCAUGAAACAUUAAUAUUUUUUAUUAAGAAACGAUUGCCACUUCAUUUUAAAAAAACAGGAAAACAAACAAUCAAAAUACUAUGUAGCGAAAGUCAAUUUGUUGGAGUAUUUGGGUUAUGGAUUCAACAUUACUCACCUUGUAAAAAAAAGUAUAUAUGUUUUUUUAAAGGUCAGAAUGCAGAUGCAACAAUGGCAAUGAUAUUGCAAAAUAAUGAAUGGAGUAGUCGAUGGUAUGAAUUUGAACAAAAGGCAUAUGUAAUGUUAUAUGAUGUAUCGAUAUCUGAUAUUCAAAAAAUACCUGAAAUGAAAGUAGAAUAG